AUGGCGGCGGCCCAAGCAGCAGCCGCCGCGGCGGUGGCGGACGUCGAGGCGGCCCUGAGAGAGGCGGACAAGGCUGCCAAGAAGCAGAAGGUCUGUGCCGCCUCAAGCGCGCAAGCCAUCAACAAGAUGCUGCAGGCCGUGGGUAAGGCCCGGCAGCAGCUGCUGGCGGCCCCGGCCGCGCCGCCGCAGGCGGUGCUGCAGGAGCUGCAUGCUGAGCUGGCGGCCGCUGACGUGGCACGUGCGAUGACAGCUGACACCAAGGACCUGCACGGAGCGGUCAGCAAGCUGGGGAAGGUCAUUGCGGAGCACCUGUUCCACGAAGGCCUGUUUGAGAUUGGGCAGGUGUUUGUGGAGGAGGCGGGGGUGGAGGAGGGGGAGGCGCUCAAGCGGCCCUACGCCUCCAUGCACACGGUGUUGCAGGAGGUCCAGCGCCACAACCUGGCCCCAGCGCUGGAGUGGGUGCGCGAGCACGAGGCGGCGCUGCGCGGCCCCGGCGGCGAGCCGUGCGCCUUUGAGUUCUCCAUACACCGCCUCGCCUUCCUGUCCCUGCUCAAGGAGCAAGGCCAGGCGGCGGCCAUGGCGUAUGCGCGGCAGCACUUUGCGCGGUUCCAGGCGACGCAGAUGGCGGCGAUACAGAAGCUGAUGGGCGCGCUGUGCUUCUCGCGGCGCGCGGCGGCGGGCAGGCCCAGCCCCUAUGCCGACCUGCUGGCGGAGGACCUGUGGGGGAACCUGGCCCGCGACUUUGUGCGCCAGUGCUGCGUGCUGCUAGGCCAGGCCCAGGACUCGCCGCUGCUGGUGACGGUGGCGGCGGGGGCGGCGGCGCUGCCCACCCUGCUCAAGCUGGCCACAGUUAUCAGCGACCAGCCGGUUGCUGACCUGGCGGGUGCGGCGGAGCAACUGCCUGUUGAGAUUCCUCUGGGCCAGGAGUUUAUCUUCCACUCCGUCUUUGCCUGCCCCGUGUCGAGAGACCAGAGCACCCGCGACAACCCGCCCAUGCUGCUGCCCUGCGGCCACUGUAUCUGCAAGGCUUCCAUCUACAAGAUCGCCAAGGCCGCCAACCGCUCCUUCAAGUGCCCCUACUGCCCCGCCGAGUGCACCCCGCGGGACUGCCAGGAGCUGGUGGUGCCAGACAUGGAGUAG